GAGGGAAGGGAAGGCGGGCACGGCGGGGACAAGGUGGAGGGGGUGGGAUUCCCGGAGGCGCCGGCGUCACCGUGGGGACUCCCUCCUCACCUCGGCGCUGGGCACGGGCGGACGCGGUCGUCAGGAAGCGCGAGAACCAGUCUGUCGCUGCUCCUUGCUCGAGAAAACAACUUUCCUGGAGAAGACCCCUGGUCUCAUGAGCGGACCAACGGAUCUCGGGAACGGCAGCAUUCUGGAGCCAGUCCUGCGGCUCAGGAAAGGAUACAUGCCCAAUGUUGCUGGGCAGAAACACGAUGAUCAUAACCAAUCGAGUGAUCAGGGGCCCCUCUUAGUGGAGCCACUGAUAUCUUCUGAGCAGGAAAAGAGUUCUGACGAUGCCAGGGAUAAUGAUUCAGCACCGGAAGAUGAACGAUUUAUGGGGAUGCUGCCUCUCCUCCAAGCCCACCAUGCCAUGGAGAAAAUGGAAGAGUUUGUGUGUAAGGUGUGGGAGGGCAGAUGGCGUGUCAUACCCCACGAUGUCCUGCCUGACUGGCUAAAGGACAAUGACUACCUGUUGCAUGGACACCGACCACCCAUGCCCUCUUUCCGGGCAUGCUUCAAAAGCAUUUUUAGGAUACACACGGAGACUGGCAACAUCUGGACACAUCUGCUAGGUUGUGUGUUCUUCUUGUGUCUGGGAAUAUUCUACAUGUUCCGGCCAAACAUGUCCUUUGUAGCACCUGUGCAGGAGAAGGUGGUGGUUGGACUGUUCUUUUUGGGAGCCAUUCUCUGCCUCUCCUUCUCGUGGCUCUUCCAUACAGUUUACUGCCAUUCAGAAGGUGUGUCGAGGCUCUUCUCCAAGUUGGACUACUCUGGUAUUGCCCUUCUCAUUAUGGGCAGCUUUGUUCCUUGGCUCUACUACUCUUUCUAUUGCAACCCUCAGCCAUGCUUCAUCUACUUGAUAGUGAUCUGUGUCCUGGGCAUUGCUGCCAUUAUAGUUUCCCAGUGGGACAGAUUUGCAACCCCUCAGUACAGAGGAGUACGGGCAGGAGUGUUUCUGGCUCUGGGCCUUAGCGGGGUCAUCCCCACACUGCACUUUGUCAUCUCAGAAGGGCUCCUCAAGGCUGCCACGAUGGGGCAGAUUGGCUGGCUGGCCCUAAUGGCUUGCUUGUACAUUACUGGUGCUGCUCUGUACGCUGCUCGCAUCCCAGAGAGGUUCUUCCCGGGCAAGUGUGACAUUUGGUUCCACUCCCACCAGCUAUUCCAUGUGUUUGUAGUGGCUGGUGCCUUUGUGCACUUCCAUGGCGUUUCGAACCUUCAGGAGUUUCGCUUCACAGUCGGAGGAGGCUGCUCGGAGAACGAGAUGCAGUGAAAGUGGCCAGACGCCCAGGACUGUAACCAAAAGAGAACUGUGGGAGGAGCCAGGAGUUAACCAGGCAGCUGGUGUGAGCAUCAGUGCCCACAUCUAUCUUAUCUGUGGUGGUGUGGAAGCUUCAAGGGGAUUCUACCUAAAACGCAGAAGAAAAAUUCAUACCUCAAGCAUUGAAGUGAAUUGGUUUUGAAGACCCAGAAGUUCUUAAACCCUACCUUAUUCCUGGGAUCUACAGACUAAGCUAAAGAAAGCCCUUUCUUAAUCAGCUUCUGUUCAAUGCCAUAUUUAUUUGUAGAAAAUAAGAGGGGUUGUCAUGGAGAGGUGGUUUGGAAAUUUUUUUCUUUUUUAAAAAAAAAUCUAGUUUAAGAUUUGUAUCUUGUUCAGGUAAGUUGAUUUUAGAUGCUCUUUUGAGAGAGGAAAAAAGAUGUAAAUAAGAUUUCUAACUUUCUGUUUAAUUAUAAAGUUUAUAUAAAUGUUUUAAAAACUGGGGGAGGGAAGGGUUUUGUACAGAACGCGACAUGCAAGUACCACACACUGUUUCAAUUUUGCACGAACUCUUGUCGAGUGCAAGAGAGCCAGGUGAAACCCCUGGGGGAGUCAAGCAUCCAGGCUCUGCAGGUUCUUCCUAAUGCUGGUGGAUAUUGGACAGAGACCCCCCAUAAGCCUCGGGUCUGAACACAAGGAUGGAGAGUGUUGAAACGCUCACAACUGAUAUCAGGCUGCCAUUCAGGCCUUUGCGUGUUCAGAUGGUAAAGGAAGGAGGUGCGGUGCUGCUUGUAGCUGAGUUGUGCAUCUUUUACAAGGCAAAGCCUUCUAGGAGCUCUGCCCCUUUAUGGAUACUUCCCAAUGGCUUUGUUGCACCAGCGUUAUUGGGGUGGGGGGGGUUGGUGGCUUUAAAGGCACAACAUAGCACAUCCCUUGACCUCUGGGGUCGCCUGUCAGUUUUGCCAUUCUCUUAGGCCUGCCAUCCCCUUUAUCCAAGUGCACUUGUUAGUGUUGUUUUGAAGGUAAGCCAGGUAAGAAAUGGGAACGGACACACUGGAAGGACAAGGUUUGUGGGAGUGGUGGGUGUAGUGCUGUACUUGAGGGAAGGAGACUGGCAGUCCACUUUGCUGUUCCAUUCUGGAUUGCUUAGCGUACUGCUGAAUCACGAGUACUGAUCUGCUGAGCUGCAGUGUUAACACUGCCAUUUUUUCGCUUCUGGUAUCUACGAUAAUGUUGCACAGAGUAAGACACAGCUUGCAGAGGAGACUUUGGAUCUGUUAUAAUUUUCCUCUCCUCAAAAUAGUGUUUGAACCCAAAGAAGUCUGUCUGGUUUCACGUCAGCCCUGGGCACUGCCUUUUCCCCGUUUUCUACACACUGGUUUUUAAAAACUCUUUGCCCCAGAUAGCUUAACAGCAGGGGGGGGGGGGCAGUGGUACAUUGAGAGAACGGGCGAAGGACCAUGAAGCAGAACAGUCAGAAUAAGGGAAAGUAUGGCCACUGCUUCUUGCUGUAAUGGUUGGUAGGGGAUGACAGGUCUGGGAAGAAGCAUUUUGGCCAGUUGUCUUUACGCAAAUAACGGAGGGCAGUUAUUUUCAUCUUUGGAGUAAACAGGGGCUCUUCUGUGCUUUGCCAACUUUCCCCCUUCUUUUUUAGGGACGGGAUUGACUGCUCCGCUUUGACCCCCGAAAACAGAAUUGGGAGUGUUCAGGCCUACAAGAGGUGCUUAACUAUUGCUUGUAGGCAGCUUAGAGCAGGGUUUAUUGGAAUAGGAUCACAACUCUGAUGCAGCUAGGCCAGAUUGGUUGGCAGCCUAAUAUUUGUUGAUGUUCUGAUCCCAAACUGAAAUCAGACAGUGUUAACUUGAACUCUUAAAUGCAUUGGGAAGUCCGAUGCUGUUUUUUAAAACCUCGCUGGUGUGUGUAGCCACCUGGCAGAACAGUGGCUUUUCCUCAUGAAGGCAAGUUGCCAUGCAUAUCAGACCCAGACCUACCUGUGUGAAAAGCACUUUUUGGGGUACUUUUUGUAUCUGUACCAGCAGAAGCUGCAUCUCCCCAUUCUGGAUCAUCAGUGUGCUUGCUUCCCAGAAAAGGGGCUUUUGCAACCUGGUCUGACACGGCAUAAAACCUGUACAGAAACACAAUACUCCAUUUGCUGUUCUUAACCCCCUCUUGGUCCCUGUUUAAGGAUAUCUUGUGUCCCAAUAAGAUACUGCUUAGCUGUGCACUUUUUCUGGGGCGCUUGCUGAGACUUCUUCCCAGGUUGGCACCUGAUGCCUUACUCUCAGCAAUUGGAGGUUUGCUUGCUUCCUCUUUCUCUCUUUCUGUGUGUGCAGGUUUUCAGCAUAGUAUAGUUAGAUUCUGCGGCUUCUUUCUUCCCCCAUUAACUAGUGGCCUUGUUCGGUUUUUUUUUUUAAAAAAUGCUUACUGUUGGAGGCAACAAAGCACAUCUUGGACUUUGAAGAUGGGGUCUCUGAUCAAUGGGAUCUCAUUACUUGUUGUAUUCCAAACUUCUAAUAAAAACAAAAUACCAU